AUGCGUCGCGCGGCGCGAGAGACGAUAUACGCCCUCGCCACCGCGCGCGGGCGCGCGGGCGUGAGCGUCGUGCGCGUGAGCGGGCCGAACGCGCGCGACGCGCUGCGGCUGACGAGACCGCCGGGAGGCGCGAAUUCGAGCGACGGCGCCGCGACGGCCGCGGAGCACGGACGGUUGCGGUUGGUUGAGUUCGCGCGAGGCGACGCGGCGCGCGACGAACCGCCCAUCGAUGUGGGAUUUGUCGCGGUGUUCGCGUCGCCGAGGUCGUUCACGGGAGAAGAUGUGGUAGAAUUACACGCGCACGGUUCGGCCGCGGUGCAGCGCGCGCUCAUGGACGCGCUGGGGACGUUGGAUAAUUUUCGCGUCGCCGAAGCCGGGGAGUUUUCGAGGCGAGCGUUUAGAAACGGGAAGAUGGAUUUGACGCAGGCUGAGGGGUUGGCGGAUCUCUUGGACGCGGAUACGGAGGCGCAGAGACGACAAGCGAUGAUGUUGUCGCGGAACGCGGCGCAGAGAUCGAUGUAUGAGACUUGGAGGAAAGAGUUGUUGACGUGCGCCGCGUAUUGCGAGGCGGCUUUAGAUUUCGGCGAGGAGGAGGAUAUAGCGAGCGACGUGGUGGAGAGGAAAGUGCGCGAACGCGUCAAGGCGCUUCGCGAUACGUUACAAAAGUAUUUAGACGCACCCGCGCGUGGGGAGCUGAUUCGUCGGGGCGUGCGCGUCGCCCUCGUGGGCUCGCCUAACGUGGGCAAGAGUUCGAUGCUCAACGCGCUCGCCGGCCGCGACGCCGCCAUCGUUUCGCCGCACGCGGGGACGACUAGAGACGUCCUAGAGGUGUCUCUCGAGCUCGGUGGGUACAAGGUCAUCGUCAGCGAUACUGCCGGUCUUCGUGAGACCGAAGACGACGUGGAAAAGCUUGGCAUCGCUCGAGCGCUCGAGCGAGCCGAAGACGCCGACGUCGUCGUCGCCCUCGCGGACGCCACUAACGACGCAUCCAACAUCGAUCUCAAGGCGCUCAAUUUAUCGAAAAAGACAAUCGUUAACGUAUGGAACAAAUCCGACGCGCUGAGUGACGGACAAACGCGCGAGUUGAUGGAGAUUGAAAACGAAACCGCCGCGGAUGGCUACGAAACCGCCGUCGUGAGCUGCCUCACCGGCGCCGGUCUCGACGGUUUCAUCUCGACUCUCACGCGCAUCGUCGCUCAAAAGUGCACGAUCGGCGAUGACGCAUCCGACGCCAACGAUUCCACCCUCGCCAUCACGCGUUCGCGCCAUCGAGUCAACCUCGCUCGGUGCGUCGCUUCGCUCGACGCCGCCGUCGCGCGCGCUCGCGCGUCCUCCGCCUCCGCCUCCGCGCUCGAGCUCGAGGCCGAGGAGUUAAAGCUCGCGGCGCGCGCCCUCGGUCGCGUCACCGGCGCGUACGACGUGGAAGACGUCUUAGACGUCGUCUUUCGCGAUUUCUGUGUAGGAAAGUAG